CCUCGAAGUCGUCCACCCUCCAAUUCUCCACUGCCUUGACCAUUUCUCCCUCUCUUUCCUUUAAAUUCUCCAAGUAUUGCUUCGAACCCGCAGGCUUCGUGUCUUCUCAAGCUCUCUUCUUCUUGCUCUUCUUCUCAUCAUAAUCAUAUCUAUUACCCUCCCGCAACUUCGUUUGUGACAGUUCCCUUAUCAUUUAUAGUCCUUUUUUCUUGACUCUGUUUGAGCUUGGUGCUUGUCAAAUUUAAAUAUGAAGAAAGUGGUCGUGAAAUUGGAUUUGCAUGAUGACAAGGCGAAGCAGAAGGCGAUGCGGGCUGUCUCAACUCUUUCAGGGAUCGAUCAGAUAGCCAUGGACAUGAAGGAGAAGAAGCUGACUGUGGUUGGGGACAUUGAUCCGGUAGACGUGGUCGGCAAAUUGAGGAAGCAAUGGCACACAGAGAUAUUGACCGUGGGGCCUGCCAAAGAGCCAGAAAAGAAGAAAGAGGAACCCAAGAAGGAUGAACCCAAGAAGGAUGAAUCCAAGAAGGAUCCAGUGGCAGAGUUGGUGGCUGCUUACAAGAACUACAACCCCUGCUACACCACCCACUACUAUGUUACUAGCGCAGAGGAGAACCCCAACGGCUGUGUCAUCUGCUAGAACGGGACCUUCCAUUGGUUUGGUAUUCCUCCCCUGCCCUUCUUAUCCCAGGAGAAAAAGCGAAGAAACUUGGUGGUGGCUUCCGAGAACCAUCUUUCAAGAAACAAACCUGUAUUCUGUAUAUACUAUAUAGUUUUGGAUAUUGAUUCUUCUGCGUGUCUCUGGAUUUAGAAAUUGUGAGAGAUUGAUGGUUUAGAUGGAUGCCAUCAAUAGUAAGGACUUCCUUCUCCUUGUUUCCCGGCUGUAAAUCAGUGAAGACUGAAGAAACAUUCGUUUUUCA